GUAAAACAUAGACCUAGACUCUGCUCUGUUCUCAUUUUCUCUGAUCCGAACCCACAGACGCAGCAAAUGACGCGCCUGCUCUCACUGCAAGGACUUAUAAUAGGGCUCCUGCUAUUCACUGCAGCUGGUAAAGAUUGUGAUGGCCCCUCAGCUCCUCAGUGCUUUCGCAGAACCAGUGAUAAGAACAUGUACGAAUGUGAGUGGUGCUCCCCCUACAAGGACUGCAUCCACUACGUCCACUUUGGGACAGCCGGCAAUGAAUUUUCCUGUGGUAUGAGCUAUAAAGAGACAAAGCCCUACUGGACAGAGAUUCGGGAUGAGUGUGUGUUUCAGAAUAUUCCGGUGGACAUUUGGGUAGAGACUUCCAACUGCACGCCCAGCUACACGUCCCCCAAGACCAGGGUCACACUAAGAGAGAUAAUUAAAUAUGCAGAGCCACACAACAUCUCGGUGGAGUGGUCCCUGGAGAACAUGACCCUGCAGUGGGAAGCCCCUGAAAGGAAGGAGGCUGCAGUCCAGAUCCGGCACCGCGCAAACUCUUCACAAACCUGGAACAAUAUAUCCGGAAUAACAACUGUUACCAAUAAAAAAUAUACCCUUAUGCUGGUCAACCUGGAGAAGACUUCAGUGCAACAGCUCCAAAUGAGACAUCGAUCUACCAUAGCCAGUUCUUCCCUUUGGAGCAACUGGGCCAAUGUCCUCACUGUCCCCAUCGAGUUUACCCGUAUCUUGAAGACGCGGAUGAAUAAAAUAACAGCAGAAACCAAGACGCAAAGGAACAUCACACUCAAGUGGAAGCCAGUUAAUGUGAACGGAGAGAAUGUGGACUACCUCGUAGAGAUUCAAUACUUGAAAGACUGCAGCUGUAACAAGCAUGAAGAAAACUUCUCCCCCAAAAGCUACUACCGAACAGCUGUCUCCUUCUCUGCUCUGAACCUGUCAGUCAGAGCCCGGAACUCAGCCAGCUCCUCCCCCCCGGCCCUGUUCCACGUGCCCCCGGAAAACCCACCCUACUUAACAGUGUGUAGUAAGAAUACAAGCUUGACUAAAGAACAAAAAAAGCGGAGCUGCAGAGAAUUGUAUGAACUUCGAGAUGGGAAAGUGAAAGAAGACACAGUGAUAAUAUUAAAGGCUAAUGCAAAGGUUGAUGUCAGAAAAAAGAUAGAACAAGAACUGAAAGAAUAUCUUCCCUAUCUUUAUUUUGAACAUCAGUGCAAGAAAAAAUCACAACACACAACGAAAAAGUGCAUUUACUACAGGGAACAAGGAAUACCUGUGAGCCCUCCUCAGGCCUUCACCACUUCACUUGAAAACUCAGGCACUCUGUCCUGGAGGCCCAUCCCCACAGAGGAGCAGCGGGGCUUCAUCACCCACUACUCUCUGUGCAUCCAGACCAUCUCAGAGGAACUUGACUGCAGAAAGAUCAAACCCUCUCUGAGCAGCUACACUCUGAAGGAUCUGAAGCCUGGCACCAAGUACAACAUCAGUCUGGCAGGAGUCACUGAGAAGGGGGAGGGGCCCAAAGCCAGAGUCAUCAUCAACACGCCGCCCGGCAAACCCUAUCUCGUGUGGGUCACUUUUGGGUUGCUGAUUGGUUUCUUUGUCCUCUCAACAUCCUGUAGUUUCAUUUUCACAAGAAUCAAAAACCAGGUCUUUCCUCCAGUGCCGACCCCAGUGAUCACCGGGUUCAGCAGCACGCCAGCUGAGGUCCAGGUGACACCACAGCCCCGAGCGACUUGCACCACUAUCUGCCAGUGGAUCAUGGACACCUGUGCGAAGGAUCAACUGCGGUCCGAGCUUUCACCAAGACCGACAUCAUCACUGAACUACCAGGACCUGUUGGAGAGGAAGGAGUUGGUGGACAAAGUGAUCCUAGUCCAGAAUCACUCUGAGUGCUGCCUCCUGGAGGAGACAGAGAAGAACUGCACUCUCAUCAGGACUAUAACAAUAGCCCCCUCACACAUGACAGAGGAGGGGGGAGAUGAGGAAGAGGACAGGAGAUCACAAACAGGAAGUGAAGACAAUGAGCAAACUCGAAAUGAUGCCACAGAAGAAGAGAUGACUGAUCCAGAGCAAAUUCAGACUGAGAUUGCUCUACUUAUUUACAGGAAUGGACUGGUAUUUGAUGUGAAUGCUGAUUGCAGUUAA